AUGAUAACAGUCGUACCAGACGCAGAAAUAAUGGCAGUCACCUUUGCGAGCGCCGUCAAGGUGGUCUUCGUGCUGGCGUUUCUUUUCGCCGUAACCUGUAAGACGGAGGCCGCCUCUGGACCUCAGCACACUUGCGCCUAUCCACAGGCUUGCACUAAUCCGGGCACAAAUGACCCUAGCCACGUCGUUACAGCGACUGCACAGUACAACCCGACCACUAAGAAAUGCGAGACCAUCCCGUCGGAGACCGGACCUCACAACUGCCAGAAGUUCGCGACCCUAGCAGACUGCGAGAAGAACUGCGCGAGUGCAAAGAACUGCGUAGUCUGCUAGGCAUGAUCUAACAACCCCGAGAACACGCAUGGUUGUUGACCCCGUGCUGUGAUGGUGAAAAUAAAGCGGUUCUCAAAAA